AUGAAUAAGUUGAUUGGUGUAAUACAUUACUUAGGUGGUAAAGAUAGGAGUGAACGGAUUAGAAGACAUAGUAAGUUGGUUUGUCUGGUGGUUGGUUUGGUUUGGCUGCUUAGUAUUGGGCUGGUUAGUGGAAGAGAAGCUAGAGAUGUAGUGGCGCAGGCUAAAGUGGUAGAUGAAGUAGUAGCGAAGGAUGAUGUAAUAGGUGAAAGCGUACGUGAUUUGGAAAUAGUUACUAUGGAUAUUGAGUAUAGGUAUGGAGUUGGUGCGGGCUUGGGAGAAGAAACUGUGCGAUCGGGGACUAUUGAGAUAGCUUUGUUUAGCCGGCAGUACCCGGUGACAACUAAGAACUUUAAGCAGUUCUGUCUUGGUUGGAAGGGAAGGGCUUACGGUAAAGAAAUGGAGUUGAGCUAUACGGGUGUGUCUUUUCAUCGCGUAGUUAAUGAGUUUGUGGUACAGGGUGGAGAUAUCCUGUUGGGUAAUGGUCGUGGUAGUGUGAGUAAUGUUGGGGAGAAUGGAUUGCCUUUUGCUGAUGAGGUGGAUAAAACUGGAGGACCAGCACGGAAGCAUAACUUAGAAGGGAUGCUGGCUAUGGCUAAUUCUGGACCGGACACGAAUGGAUCUCAGUUUUACUUUACUUUAGUGCCUAAUGCUAACAAUCCGGCAACUUUAUGGUUCUUGGAUGGAAAACAUACUGUUUUUGGCCGAGUUGUACGGGGAAUGAACUUGAUACGUGAAAUUAGUAAGGAGUAUAAUGAUGCUACUGGUCGGAAAGAUGGCGUGUGUGCAACUAUUGGCAAAUGCUAUGCAACGACUCGGCAGGCUACGGAAGAUGACAUUAAGCAAAUUAGCGUACCAGAUUGUGAUAUUAGUGAGCGGCCUUACUUAAUGAAACCGGAAGAGAAGGAGGAUCCUAGGGACCUUUAG